CUUCGUGAGGUUAUGAAGGGUGUUUUCCGUGAGGGGGAAGACGCGGACGCGAGAGAGAGAGAGGGGAAUUCAGUCAAUGGCGCAUGGAAUGGGGCUUGACAGUGGUGGAUAUUGCGGGAUUCAAUGCAAUGGGAGUGAUCUUUGCUUCUUGCGGUGAUCACAUUCUUGCGAGGCUCAUAAAUUCUUGUCUGUGGGGGCCAUCAUGGAAGAUUGCGAGUCCUGGAAUAGUCCUGAGACGGUUCUGAUGGUGGUGAGCAUUAUUGGGACUGCUGUCUGUGCAGUCAGGCGCGGAAUGAUGGUGUGGUGGUACUUGGCAUGCAGGCUGCAACUUGAUCCAGUGAUCACUGUGUGUGUGACUGUCUGGUUGUCUGUAUAUCUGUCGGUCUGAGCCGUAUCUGCAUGUGUCCUACUGGCUUCCUUGAGCCUUUCGAUCGGACGAGAACUGCCGUGACUGCUCUGCUGCAUGUACUGACGUCGUACGAGCGAGCAUGAUGCGAGAGGUUCACGUCGACGCUGCUGUGUACUGGUAGUUUAUGCUGGGAGCCUGGGCAAUUCGGACCAGUAUAGAUAGCCUGGCGGUUGAAGGUCUCCCCCUGGAAGCCCCGCUCAGAUGGUGAGGUCGAUGAUUACACUUGCUUCGUCAUGGCCGUGUGGAGGGGAGCGACGUAUUCUUCAGUGGAUUGAGUGCGGAGCCUACUUUGCGUCUCAGAAAGAGAUGCCAAAGUUCUCGUUUUGCAUGUCAAAUCUGGUUCACACGAAAUGGGAGUGAAAGUUUCAGGGCAGAAGAAAGGAAAGGAACAUCUUCGACACGAUUUCUGUUAAUACUGACCUUAAUUUCAAUUACGGAGUAUUUUUCGAUCGGAAUGACUAGUCAGAUUCUCUGCCGCUGCACCUAAGCAUCCAUUUCACAGUGUUGUUACAAUUCCACAGUCCAUAGUAAAUGACGAAUUCCACUAUACGAUGAAGCUGGAAGUCUUAUUAGACUAUUCCAAGGAUUCAGCUUGGUCUGGCACAGGUUGAGAGCACGAGCCAGAAGAAUAGAUCAGAGAAAUACCUCGGAAUUUUUGCAAUUAAAUGCUUCAUCGCAGGUCAUCCCAAAGGUAGUCCUGAGCGCCUUGCUCAUGGGGUUGACCUGAAGAAGAGAGGACUAGCAGCAUUUUGCACAGUGUGUGUUUCUGAAGGUCGUAAUUGGUGCAGGUAAUGGGGCAUGACACAGACCACGUUUAAAAUGAAACGCAACCGUUGGCCGUCAAUGUACCUUCACCAACCGAAAGAAUUAUCUGUGCGGAGUUGCAACCAUGCAGAGUAGCGGGUUUUAGAGGGCACUAGAGGUUCUGAGAAACCCUGUAGCACGUAAUGUCAAUUCCCAAUCUUAGCUGCAAUUAGUCAUCGUGAGCAGAAGUCAUUACUCUGAUAAGACCGUAAAUGCAUCAAUUCAGCGCUGUUAUCAAAAUUACUACUGGCUGACACAACUCCUUGUAUCAGUAGAACAGGUUGUUUCAUCACGAGCAGCCGCUUUGGUUCGCACUAUUGAAUCAAACCUCCAAUUGCGAUCUCAAGGGUGUUGGUUGACUUCCGAAAUCUCAGUCGAUCACACAAGUUACCCUUCCAUUCGGAACCGCUGGCUAGCACAUACUAUCUCUGGCUUUUGGACAGUGUGAGGGGGUUGGUAGACUACUCCACAACAGAGGAGAUAAACAGUGUGCUAUCCUCCACGGACCACAAUUGGCCUCUCCCCUCAGCGGAAGAGACCUGGGUUUUUUUUCAGCAGAGUCCUCCAUAUGCAACGAUCGAAGUCAGCGUGGUGCCUUCGUGGUUCAUCAAGGUAAACAGGACUUGAAACGAAAUGUUGGAGAAUGCCACUGGGGGUGUAAUCAAGCAUGGGGAGGUCUCCACAAACCAUCUAUUGCUGGUGACGAAAAAGAUCCCUCUGAACAAACCCAAGCAGCUAGCGGUGGAAAACAAGACGCAUCCAUGACAGGGGUGUUCAAUGGAAACACCCCUCUUCAGAUCACAGUAAAUCCUGACAAGCGAUUUAAAUCGCUACCACCUGCAGAGAUCCUUCCAAGGAACACAACCUUGGGAGGCUACAUAUUUGUGUGCAACAAUGACACCAUGCAAGAGGACCUGAAGAGACAACUCUUUGGGCUACCGCAACGAUACCGUGACUCUGUCCGCACUAUACAGCCUGGGCUGCCCCUUUUUCUAUACAACUAUACAACGCAUCAGCUUCACGGCAUCUACGAGGCUGCAAGCUUUGGAGGCUCCAACAUAGAUCCAACAGCUUGGGAAGACAAGAAGUGCCGCGGAGAAUCAAGAUUUCCUGCACAGGUGCGGAUCCGAGUUCGCAAGCAGUGCAAACCCCUAGAGGAGGACUCCUUCAGGCCCAUACUGCACCAUUAUGAUGGACCUAAGUUUCGUCUCCAGCUUUCUAUUCCCGAGGCUGUCGAACUGUUGGAUUUGUUCAUGGAAAAUGAACUACCGUGAGAUUGGUAGCUGUUGUCUGGGACUCGGAGAGCACAUUUGAGUCCAGUUUCACACGGUGUAAGUGGAGGAUUUUUAAGUACGGAAAUAUCGUGUUUCCUGUGUUUUGAUAGGAAUAGGAAUAUGGGUCGAUAUCAUACUCUCCAUCAGAAAGGAAUAAUACAAUUUUGGUGUAUGAUCUGAGGGAAAUGAUAUUACCCAAAUUGGUUACAUACAAGGAAGGACGUGUAGGCCUUGAAGGCCUAGUUUUGAAGGCCUGCGAAAGUUGUGACCUGAGCUCAUACAGUAUCAUUUUAAAAGGGUUGCGGUUACGAUUUGUUAUAAAACAUCUUGUUCUCAGUUU